AUGGAGUGGGAUGAUGAUGACGGACCUCCAGAGCUCGUCGGUACUGGCCUCGGGGAAGAGCCUGAAGAGAGGCCUGUCAAAGUUCCCUUGACAAUAGUAACAGGGUAUCUUGGUGCUGGAAAGACGACCCUGUUGAAUUACAUUCUCACUGCGGAACAUGGCAAAAAGAUUGCUGUUAUCAUGAACGAGUUCGGGGACUCUCUUGAUAUCGAGAAAUCUUUAACCAUUAAUAAGGAUGGAGAAUCCAUUGAGGAGUGGUUGGAAGUCGGGAAUGGAUGCAUAUGUUGCUCUGUCAAGGACAAUGGUGUUGCAGCUAUCGAGUCUUUGAUGGAGAAGAAGGGAAAGUUCGACUACAUUCUUCUCGAAACCACAGGGUUGGCUGAUCCUGGGAACCUUGCGCCACUUUUCUGGAUGGAUGAUGGGCUUGGUAGCACCAUCUAUCUAGAUGGAAUCAUCACUCUUGUCGAUGCCAAAAACAUCUUACGCAGCCUGGAUGAUCCAGCGGGCAAGGUUCAGGGACACGAAGAAGCCGAGGAUGAUAAUGGUCCUGUCAUGACCACCGCCCAUGUGCAAAUCUCCCAUGCCGAUGUUAUUGUGAUCAACAAAGCCGACUUGGUCAGCGAAGGAGAACUGCAGGCUGUACGGGACAGGAUCGAGUCCAUCAAUGGGCUGGCAAAGGUCUUUGUGACUACUCAGAGUGUUGUCCCUCAACUCGAGGGCUUCUUGUUGGAUAUUCAUGCUUAUGAUCGGGCAGAAGGCCUAGAUCACGCAGCCACUGGCCACGCUCAUCUUGACAAGACAAUAUCAACAAUUUCGAUUCCGCUCCCAGAACUCACAGAGUCACAAGAAUCAGCGAUGGAUGCCUGGUUGCGCUCUGUUCUGUGGGACAAUGUCCUUCCAGGCCAUAAGCCACACAAAGGUCCUGCAUACGACAUUCACCGGCUGAAGGGACGUUUCUUCGUCAAAUACGGCAGCGAGAAGAUCGUCCAGGGUCCCGCCAGCCUCGAGCAGACGACAGACAUCUUCAACAGUGUUAUUGUUGACAAGCGAGCGAACAAGAUACCCAUCCGAUUCCGUACAUCCCACGGUUUUCCCGACAUCCCUAGCACCGGCUAG